AUGCCGGUCAUCGAGAGUGGAACACCAAGCCACCAGCAAGACGAGACGAAAAAGUCUGAGACUCUUGUCAACGGCAGAGAUGUCGAAGAAGUCACGACUCAUUCGUACCGCCCUAGCAGAUGGCAGAGCAACAUAACAAUCAUCAGUUGCUAUAUUGCCAACUUCAGCGAUGGAUUCCAAAAUACCCUCGCUAAUCCUACCAAUGUCAUCUUCAAGCAGGUGCUUGGCUCCGAUGCGUAUUCCUCUGAAAUGAAGACGCGAAUCAGCAAUUCUCUGCUGGUUGGUGCUAUUCUCGGUGUUGUCGCCCUCGGAUACACAUCUGAUAUGUUCUCGCGACGGGCGGGAUUGCUGUUCACUUCCUCACUUGUGGCCAUUGGCACAUUGAUGUCGGCACUGGCUCUUCAGGUGCAUCCCUCGGGCAACAUGUUAUGGUACUUUGUGGUUGUUCGUGGCAUUGCUGGAUUCGGCGUCGGGGGUGAAUACCCUCCUAGUGCGGCAGCUGGUAUUGAAGAAACGGAUGAUGUCAUGAGAAAAUAUCGCGGUCCAAUGUUUGUUUCCUUUACAACGUUGAUGGCUACCCUCGCCGGUCCAAUCCUGAUGAUCAUCUACUUAAUCACGCUGAUUGCCAGCGACAACAACCUCGUCAUCGCUUUCCAUGCGAUUUACUCCAUUGCAACUAUCCUCCCAGUUGCAAUUAUCAUUCUCCGGAUUUUCAUGGUUGACUCGUCACUCUUCCACUAUUCCAACCUUACACGCCAGCCUAAAUCACUUCGCCUUUACCUUCUCCUGGCUAAGCGAUACUGGUGGAGACUGUUGACAACAUCACUGGCCUUCUUUCUGUACGAUUUUAUCAACUUCCCGAACAGCAUCAUGUCCAGCACGAUCAUCUCCUCGCUUGUCAAGGACCACGAUGUGCGGACCACCGCCAUCUGGCAGGUCAUUCUAGCAGUGCUUCCAGUUCCCGGUGUUGUAGUCGGGGCUUGGCUCACAAAUGCCAUUGGACGGCGUUGGACCGGUAUAUUGGGCUUCGCAGGCUACGUGGUUCUCGGUUUUGUCAUUGGCGGAACUUAUACCAAGCUUUCUCAGAGCAUUGCGGCAUUCGUUGUUCUAUACGGCUUGCUGCAAGCAUUCGGUCACAUGGGACCAGGUGCUACUAUUGGACUUAUCUCAUCCGAGUCUUUCCCGACUGCUAUGCGUUCCAUGGGGUAUAGCGUUGCGACAGCCUUUGGCAGAACGGGCGCUGCAGUUGGAACACAAUGCUUCACCCCCUUGCAGGAAAAUGCCGGCAACAGCUCCACUUUUUACCUGGCUGGAGGUGUUGCCAUCCUUGGAAUGAUGGUAUACUACUUGCUGCCUGAAAGUGGAGAGUUGGACUUGGAGAAGGAGGACAAGAUUCUCAGGGAGUACCUGAUGCAGCACGGUUUCACGACUGAUAUGAAGGAGUAG